GCUUGAACGCCGAGCUUUGACGAUAAUAUCUCAACGACUGUCCGAUUUGUCCAUAUAUUCGGAGCAACAUCUCUGCCUAAACUAAAUCAAAUAAUAGAUCAGAAAGCUUGGGCUGCUGCUUCCUGAAUGUUUAUAUAAGCGUAUAAGCCACUAUUACAUCAGGAUAUAAGGGCAUCGUUCGUCUGAACUAACGAGAUCCUCUACCGAUAUUAUCUCCGAGGCAUCUCGUAGCUUCGGAUAUCUACCAGGCUUGAAAAAAAUAUGUUCGACUACGCCCAAUAAUACUCUAAUAUAGCUCCGAGUUGUAUUAUACAAGUCACAUACCUAUUGCCCCUUCUAAUCGACUCUCUGGUAAAAAAAAAAAAAAAAAACAAUACCCCCUCCCCACCCCCCAAUAUAUCUCUUCUACCAACCAGCAACAUGUCCUCGCCCCCUCCGCCCACCUCGGCGUCAAAGCUCCGCAGAGCCCUAGGCCACAUUCUCGAAGAGACAGGCCUCCUAUCGCUCUACGCCUCACCGCUCGACGUCAAACUACUUUGUCUGCAGCGCUUCGCGCGCAUGUUCGCAUACGGGCUAUCAACGCUCAUCCUAGUCGCCUAUCUCUCCGCCCUAGCGAUCCCCAAGACGGACAUCGGGCUGUUCAUGACGCUGACCCUGGCCGGCGACGUGUGUCUUAGCUUCGCAUUGACGCUGUUCGCCGACGCGCUGGGGCGGCGCGUAGUCCUCGCUCUCGGCGCGCUGCUGGUGAGCGCUAGCGGUGUGGUGUUCGCUUUGUUCGGGUCGUACUGGGUGCUUCUCGUCGCGGCGGUCGUGGGGGUUAUAAGUCCAAGCGGCAACGAAAUCGGCCCCUUCCGCGCCAUCGAAGAGAGCAUCGUAGCGCAGCUAACCGACCCCAAAAAGAGAAGCGACAUCUACGCCUGGUACAGCCUCCUCGGUCUCGUCGGUGCUGCGUGCGGCUGCAUGGCGUGCGGCUGGAUCCUCCAGCACCUGACGGAAACUCUCAGGUGGGAUUUCGUCCGCGCGUGUCGCGCUAUUUACUUGGGAUAUGCUGCUCUCGGCUUGUUAAAGCUAACCCUGACUCUGCUCCUGAGCAACGCGGUAGAGUCUGAGAAGAAGCAGCAGGUACAGAACCGUGCUCGAGAUGGCGAGACGAGGCCGUUGCUAGAGAGCGGUGCGGAGGCUACCACGCCUCCUAAACGGGGAUUGCGGGCGUUAUUCCCAGAUAUCAGUAAGGAGAGCGUCCCUGUAGUGGUUACGCUGUGCCUUCUGUUUGCUUUAGAUUCCUUUGGCUCUGGAGCUGCUCCGUUAUCUUGGAUCACGUAUUACUUCAAAUCCCAAUUCGACAUCGAAGAGGGGAAGCUAGGCUCAAUAUUCUUCGUCACGCAGAUAAUCGCAGGCGCUUCUAUGAUCGUUGCCUCUUCUCUGGCUAAGCGGUUUGGUAAUGUCAAUACCAUGAUAUUCACACACCUCCCCUCGCAAAUAUUCCGCGCCCUCCUAGGCGUCCCCAGCGACGUUCACCUAGCACUAGUCUUCCUCGUUCUGAACGCGAGCACUCAGUCCAUGGACUCAGGGCCGCGCUCUGCCUUCCUUGCCACCAUCGUACUGCCCGCGGAGCGAACGGCGGUCAUGGGGACCGUGAACGUUGUCAGAACUACGGCACAGAGCCUCGGCCCGCUGCUGACAGGUAUAUUGGUCGAUCGGAAUCUGUUCUGGGUGUCAUUUGUCGCCUCGGGAGGGUUGAAAAUCCUAUAUGACUUAGGCUUGCUCGCGUUCUUCAAGAACAAGGAGAAGGAGAGAGAGAGAGCCGAGCUAUUGAGAAUUCAGAGGGAUGAGGAAGGGCAGCAUGGCCAAGUCGACCGUUAAGCUAGCUUAGGUAGUUACAUACCUGAGAAACUCAGAAUGUGUUGAUCUAUAGCGGCAACAGAACGAGUACCUUGAUGGACCGGUGACGUAGUACAUCAAAUAGGAACCAGUCUUCGCCGAAUUUUAUGUUGUCUGCCCGCCGUUUCUAAGUCGUUUGAUAUAUAGGUAUAUUGA